GCCCCUGCCCUGGCCCCGCGGCCGAGAGCAGCGGGGCGGGCUGGGGCCCGGCGGCGCCCCCGGCAGCAAGGCGGGGCUCAGCCCGGGGGGCGAAGUGCGGCUCCGGGUCUGGGGCCGGGUCGCUGCCGCCUCCUGCGGCUCCCGGCGCCGCGCUCCAGGCGGGAUGUGUCCGGAACCACGCGGGGAGAGUUUCCUCACCGCCGACGUGUUUGUGUGAAGGCUGCUCUGCUCUGCUCUCCUCUGCUCGGGGACACCGAACCCCCCUCUCCGCUCCUCCUGGGCUAGCUUUUCGCUGUUUUUCCAGAAAUGUUGCUGUUUUCAGCCGGAGUGAGCCGUCCCCCGCGUCCGGGUGUGCUGGGGCGAGCGCGGGACUGACCUGUGGCUCUUGAGGCUGCAAGCGAGUGGCCACAGAUGUCUUCAACUCCAAAAGUCUGGCCAUUCAGGCCCAGAAGAAGAUCCUUGGAAAAAUGGUGUCCAAAUCAAUAGCAACUACUUUGAUCGAUGAUACAAGCAGUGAUGUUUUAGAUGAGCUCUACAGAGUUACAAAGGAAUAUACACAAAAUAAAAAAGAAGCAGAGAAGAUCAUCAAAAACCUCAUUAAAAUAGUCCUCAAAUUGGCAAUUCUCUACAGGAACAACCAAUUUAAUCAGGAUGAACUAGCCCUGAUGGAGAAAUUCAAGAAGAAGGUUCAUCAGCUGGCUAAGACCGUGGUCAGUUUCCAUCAGGUGGAUUAUACCUUUGACAGGAACUUUUUGUCCAAACUGUUAAAUGAAUGUAGAGAGCUGCUUCAUGAAAUCAUUCAGCGUCACCUAACUGCGAAGUCACACGGACGCGUCAACAAUGUGUUUGAUCACUUCUCUGAUUGUGAAUUCUUGGCUGCCUUGUACAAUCCCUUUGGACCUUAUAAAAACCAUUUGCAGAAACUUUGUGAUGGGGUCAACAAAAUGCUAGAUGAGGGGAACAUAUAAGUACUUGUAUUAGAGGUGACUGCCUAUGAGUUAUUUGUAGAUGGAACACUGUUGAUUUAUGAAGGAAUAAGGGAGCAUGCAAAGAGGUUUUUUUACAUUAUGACAAAUCUUUCCUAAAUAUCUUUAUUAAUUGAUUUCUUACUAUGUGCUAUCUUUUGCUAUUCACAGUCCAUCUGGAAGAAAAACUGCACAUGACUUUUUUUACUGUGCUUUGCCUAUGGAAACAGCUUGAUAAAGACAAUCAAACAAAAUGGUUCAAGUAGAGUAAGAGUCUUGCAAGAUAGAUAUACAAACCAAAACAAUAUGCUGUCAGACAAUCCGCAUCUUUCACAGAUUAACAGAAUUAAUUCUAAACUAUCAGAAUCCAGUAAUGUUGGUAACAGACUAUCGUGGUGAUGGUACACUCUGUAAUUUCUUUCAUUUACAUGUAAAAUAGACAUAUUUGAUUCAGUUAUAGUCUUUUAUGCUCUCUGCACAGAUAACCGCUUCCUAGUGUUGCCAUUAUGGAGCAUUGAGUUUUAAAUAAAAUCAGUGAUGUUGUCACAUAGAGUCUUAACAGCAAGCUUGUGCAUCUCCAGCUCAGAGGUAAAAACUUCCUGUCUGCAAGGCAGGAUCUCCCAAGUAGAGGUCCUUAUAGACCUGGACAGGUGCCUGCUUCCUUUGACUACAUGGGGAUUAUUUGAGGAAUAAGCUACAGGAAAAUAGCUGAACUGGGGAGGAGAAUUCCCAAGAAACUGCUUGUGGUACAGAAUUUUAACUCUGACUAUGAUAACAUAAAACACAGUGACUUCUCUGUGCAAUUCCUUAAGAUACUUAGAAUUCUGCUAGUAGAACGAUAGAAUCAGUCAUUGGGGUUGGAAGGGUCACAACUGUUUUCAAAAAGAUGUGAGUCAGUAUAUUCGAUACACUAGUCUGAUGUGAAUUCACCAAAGUUGAUAAAUAAAUUGCAAACCAAUUUUCUUUGUGUACAAUGAAAGUAGAAACAGAAAUUAGUGUUAUCAUUGUGUUAUAUACUAUUUAACUAAUGAAAAAAUGGAAUUUUAAAUAAUUUUUCUUCUUUUCUUACUUCCUACCUUUUAUCCUUCUUUUUUUUCCUCCUCUUCUCUCUGCCUUGACAUUGGGGAUAAAAAAUGUGACUUUCUAGACACUGUAAUGUACUUAAAAGCAUGAAGUUAAUACAUUUCAAACAGCCAAAGACUUUUUGUUAGGAAGCAUAUAAAGAAUUUGCUGUUUAUUUAAUUGCCAGUGUUUUUGCUGUUUGCUGUGUCCUUUUGUUUUAUUGAGUAAACCAAAGAAUAUUUGCACUCCAAA